GCUCUCGUUCGUGUCGUGGGGACUGUGGUGGACUGUGGGGAGUACUACGGAGAGACGCGAGACGCGUGCCGUCGUUCGUUGGGGGAGAGGUGUGUUUUUUCGAAGUGUAGCUGCCUGGUGGGAUCGAGUGGAUAGAAUCGCGCGAGAGGUACGGGCCACUCGAGCAGUGGUGAGUCCCCUCACUAUAGUCCGCGCGAUGGCAUGUAUAGGAUCGAGUAGGCUUUGUGCUCGUGUCGAGAGACUGUGCCAGUACGGACAUUUCGCCCAGUUACGGAGGAGAGUUUCGACCACGGCAUGUGUGAAAUCGCGGCCGGCGACCACCCGGGCCACGGGCGGCGCGCUCCUCCAGCCCUGCCAGCAGAACAAAACGAAUACGCGGGACAGCAGGAUAGGUCUCGCGAGAGCAACGAGCACUAUGCAAACGCAGAUGCCUGGAUCUUUGCCCGAUUACCAAAUCGAUCCUUAUAGACUCGUAGAGGAUGAUAUUAAGGAUCUGUUCGACGAGAUACAACUGGAACUUAUCAACAACACCUCGCAAGAAGAACUGCAAUCCAUAAGCACAUACUACUUCGAUGGCCAGGGGAAAGCGGUGCGCCCCAUGUUCACCAUACUCAUGGCACGAGCUAUUAAUUAUCACAAGGGAAGAAACGAUCUCUCGCAGUCGCAACGACAAGUAGCGAUGAUCUCCGAGAUGGUUCAUAGCGCUUCUUUAUUGCACGACGAUGUGAUCGACCAGUCAGACAUCCGUCGUGGCAAACCUUCAGUCAAUGCUGUCUGGAGUCAAAAGAAGGUGGCUAUGGCAGGAAAUUACAUCUUAUCAGUCGCCUGCAUGAUGCUCUCCAGAAUCCAAAAUGACGAUGUGACCAUUACCAUUAGUCAGAUUGUCUCUGACUUGGUACAAGGCGAAUUUAUGCAGCUUGGUUCCAAAGAAACGGAAAACGAGAGGUUCGCGCACUAUCUUACGAAGACAUAUCGAAAAACAGCGAGCUUAAUUGCCAAUUGCGUUAAAGCGGCCGCCAUUCUUUCCGAAGUCGAUGACCGCACGAUAGAGAUGGCCUAUCAAUAUGGCAGGAAUGUUGGCCUGGCUUUCCAGUUGGUAGACGAUCUUCUGGAUUUUGUGGCUUCUUCAACGGCUAUGGGCAAGCCCACAGCCGCUGACCUCAGACUCGGACUAGCCACAGCCCCGGUACUCUUUGCUUGCGAACGGUAUCCAGAAUUAAAUGUGAUGAUAAUGCGCCGUUUCCAAGAGCCUGGAGAUGUUGAGAGAGCUUUUGAACUGGUGCACGAAUCCAACGGUCUCGAACAGACCAGAUUUUUGGCGAAAAAGCACUGCGCAGAAGCAAGCAAAAUCGCGCAGUCCUUUGCUAAGAGUCCUUAUCAGAGGGCACUGAUCAUUAUGACAGAUCUGGUCAUCAACCGCAUGAAAUAGCAUCGCGACGAACGCAGAAUUAGAAGGCGGGAGAUCGAUUUUAUAAAUAUUUAUAAGUUAUACUGGACGGAAACGGCUAGUAUAAUUCUCUCGAAUUCUAUCAAUCGAAUGCAGGAGUCGUGUCGAAAAAAGUUUUUUAUACUCAAUGUUACACCAUUAGUCGAAAUUAUAUAUUGUUAUAUAUAAUUUAAUAUGCUCGAGGAUUUUUAUAAAACGUAAUCAAAUAAGGAGAUUGAUAUUAUCACUAUAAUUUAUGAUGGUGUAACAUUGAUACUUGAUUGAUAACAUUAGCGUAUGACGUAAAUACGCAUUGACGAAUCUGAAUUCAUACCUCAUCCGUAGGAAAAAUGAAGAAGGCAUCCCAAGCCCCGUAACGUAUUCACUAAGGUGCUUCUGCCUUUUUCAGACGACUUUGUCAAUACAUGGGUUUAAAUCUGAAAAAAUGCAGAAAUUGCGCUUUAUAACAGUGCCUAGGCAUUACGUUUACUUGGCCUGUGUGUAAGGAAAAGAGCACGUAUUACCUGAUUUUAUAAAUCGUUAGCCGAUCAUGUAAAUAAAAUAAUCUAGCGUUAGUAAUAAUGUAUUAGCAUCGAUAAUCCUUUCUAUAAUGUCUCUUUUAUGCAUGCAUCUUUCAUGCGUCAUGAUACAAUUAUACUGCUGUCGGAUCCCAAAAUGAAAAUAAUGCAUAAAGCCAAAUCGUCCUAUCUUGAAAACGUUUACCUAUUACCUAAAUGUAUUUAUUGUACCUAAUGAUAAUUAUUGUAUCGCGACACGUCAGAAAAAUUGCUUGCAUCAAAGGAGGUUUAAUGAGAAUUUACUAUAGCAUGACAAAAGCAAAGUGAAAAUUGAAAAAACAUACAUAUAUAUAAGAAUGACAGACGUACAGAAUUAUAACGUUAUAAUAAGAUAUCUUCGGUCUUUAUCACGACCGAUUGAACCCAAUGGAUACAUAUUUUUGAUAAAGUGAAGCCCAACUUUUAUCGCAGUAAACUUGUAAAAAUAAGUAAUAAGGGAUGCCAAUACUAAUUUUUACCGACAGCUCAUUUUAAAUAAAAUAAUUGUUAAAAGCGGCAUAAAGGAUAUUUGCCAAAGAAGACAAAUUGCUCUUUCUUUUCUUUUCAGCCAGGGAGAUUAACAAAAGUUAACUUUGAUUUAUCGUAUAAUUGAUAAGAAUUAUCUGCCUCUUUAAGUUUUAGGAUGCGAAUAUCAUCGAAAUUCACAAUGAGGAGAAAAAUAAAAGUGUCUUUUCUUAUUUGGGCAUUGUCCAAUAAGAAUAGAAUCACUUUUGCUUAAUAGGUGAACUGCUCAAAGUAUCAAUAUUACUAGAUAUGUAAGUAUAAAUAUCUAGUGUACAAUAAUUUAUAUUUAUGAGAAUGUAUAUAAUUGUUUAAAAUGUUACACAACACAAUAGAACAUUAACUAAGAAACAAGUAUGUAAUUAUGAUCAAAUGUAGACUUAUAAUAGAAUAAGUAUAUAAUGCAAAGAAAGACGCAACCGGAACUGUCGAUCUCCUCCAUACGUUUUGCAAUAUUUAUUUAAAUCAUGUAAGAAAAAAAAUGUAUAAAAGUUUAUUCCAAGAUAUGUUUAUAUUCAAAGAGGCACAAAAAAGUCAUAAUAAGAUACAAGCUAUGUGAUGAAGGAUACGCCGAGCCGACGAAUACAACUUAAAUGAAAUUAAUACGUAUAAUUUCAUAUAAAUACAAUUAGUUUAGUCUAAUUGUUAAAUAUUUAUCCGUUUAUUCUCUUACGUCUUCAAGAAUUGAAAAACAUUUAUUGGUAUAUACAUUUGUUAGAAAAUUAGUAUAAAGUUCAAUUUUAAUACAGAAAUUCCAAAGAAAGCAGAUCUGAUAAAUUUGAAUCCGAUAGAACUAAUUGCUGAUCCGCACAUCUUUCACAAAUCGUCCAUAUUAUCUCAGUGUUCAUACAAGUUGUUAAUUUGGAAAAAGUAGUGACAUAAGUACAAAUUCAAAAAUGCACUAUGCUAAUUUAUAAUAAUAUCUGAUAGAAAUUUUUAUAUAAAAUCUGCAUAUAAAAUCACAUACAAAAUCUGCACUAUUUUUUAAGUAAGUGCCUCAUAUAUCAAAUAAAGUUGUUGAUGACUUGACAAAAUAUUAUCUUUUGAAGAUAUUUUAAAUAUUUAUUAGUCUGUUUUUCUGUUUCAUUUUUUUAAAAAAUCUAUAUUGUAUUUGAGUCAAUAAGUGUUUUUGUAGAUUUUGAAUUUUUCUAGGGGCUUGAUAAAAUGAUAAACAAUAACCUGAUCUUGGAUUCCUUAUUGAAAAAUAAAUGUACUAUAUUAAUUAAGAUUUUUAGAUUUUCAAUAUGUGUUCAUAGCAAGAACAUGGUACAAUAUACUAUUCUCACACCGUAAUUGUUAUAACGUUGGUUGAUUAACUACUUUAUUGUAAAACCUUAAUGUAAGUUCAAUUAUUGUGUUGGGGAUCAUUAAAUUCGAGUAUAUAAGUUUUUUAAAUACAAAUAUAUGAAAUUAAAAUAUAUAUAUCUUUUCAAACAUG